AUGAGUCAGUCAAAGUUGGAGUAUUUGAAGCGAAACUAUCUUCUGAGCGGAGGAGGAGGAGGCAAAGAAGUUAAAGAAGAAGAAAAGAAGGUAAAGAAGAAGAAGAAGAAAAAGACGAAUGUGACAAAGAAGAACAAGAGGAAAGAAGAAGGAGUGAAAGUGUACGACGAAGACGAGGACAACUACAAUACUACUAAUACUAAUAAUAAAACGGCUUUAGAAGAGGAUUUUGAGAAUACUCCGGUGAUUGUGACCGACGCGCACUACGUGGCGAGGAGUAAACGGGAGGAAGAAGAUGAGAAGAAGACAAAGAAGAAUUCGUCGAAUUCGAAUUCAGGGUGGGUGACCGUCGUCGAAGGCGCGAAGGAGGAAGAGGAACCGCAUGACGACGAUGAUGAUAAUAAUAAGAACAACAAUAAGAAGACGAAGAUGAAAAAGAAAAAACGACGGCACGAUUCGGAUGGAGAAGAAGAAGAAGAAGAAGAAGAGAAGAAGAAGACAAAGAAGAAGACAAAGAAGCGGAGACAACGACACGACUCGGACGACGAUGACGCAGAAGAAAAAGAAGAACCUGCGACGACAAAUGAUGACGUUAAAACGGAAGUGGUGGAAUACGACUCGGACGGAGACGUCAUCGUUCGAAAAGUUACCAAAACAACGGAAGCGAAGAGAAGCGAGGAACCGGAACAAAAAGUCGAAUACGACUCGGACGGCGACAUUAUAGUCAAACCGCAACCGCCAGUGAAAGCGACAAAGAACAAAACCGGUUUAGUGUCCGCGUCCGAAAUUGUCAAAGAAGCCGAGUUGAGGCGCAAAGAGCAAGAGGAACGCAUCGAGAAGAUGUCCGCGGAGAAGAGCGGGAAGAAUGCGAAAACGUUAGUCAGAGAUAAAACCACCGGACGGUUGUUAACGCAAGAAGAAAUCGAAGAGAGAACCAAAGGCGCUCAAGAGACGAAGAAGGAACGAGAGAAACCGGUUUGGGGAGGAGGUUUGAAGCAACAACAGAUUGAAAAUGAAAAAGCGGUGGAGCUGAGGAAAGCGAGCGAGGCGCCGUUCGCUCGUUCGGAAGUAGACGCGACGUGGAACUCGGAGAAAAUGAACGAAGUGCGAUACGGCGACCCCAUGGCGAAGAAAGCGCACGAGAGGCAACAAAAGGAACUUGAAAAGCAACAGAAAAAGCUGAACGUGAUGCAAGGCGUGGAUAAGAAACUGGCUAAAAAACACGGGUUUAAAGUUCCGCAAGAAAUUCCAAAGCACUCGUGGAGGAACAAAGCAGUUGCGGUCGAAAGGAAUAGAUACGGCAUCGAACCCGGAAGACACUGGGACGGCGUCGAUCGAGGCACCGGUUUCGAGAAGAAAUGGUUGCAGAAGAGCGAACUUAGGAAGCACUUAGAAAUAGAAAAGCGAGGAACGAGAAACCUCACCGACACGGUAUACGAUGAAGACGACUUCAACGAGGAUUUAGGCACGUAG